AUGGCAACGGUGCCCUGCGGGCAAUCGGCGCGCGCGCCGGGGGCGGAGCGCCGCGGCGCAGCCCGCCCGCGCGGCGGUCGCCCGUCGCCUGGACAUUUUACCUGCCGCGCCGCUCGUGAGAUGGACGGUGGCGGCAAGAUGGCAGCUGCCAUCUCCAUGGAAUCGCUGAAUUCCGUCAGUACCGAGUCCUGCUCUCAGGUUCGGACGCUAUUCGUCUCUGGUUUGCCAAUGGAUGCGAAACCUCGCGAACUGUAUCUGCUGUUCCGUGCCUAUCGCGGUUACGAGAGCUCGUUAUUGAAAAUGACAGCGAAGAAUGGUAAGCCUACGUCGCCUGUGGGAUUCGUCACGUUUCAAACGAGCAGGGACGCGGAUGAUGCUCGUAAGGCGCUACAGGGUGUGCGGUUCGAUCCCGACUGUGCUCAGGUCCUGCGUCUCGAGCUGGCCAAGUCGAACACCAAGGUAUCACGACCGAAACAAUCGCCACCUCCGGUUAUUCCAAUCGCUACUCCCUCACUGCAGGCUAUGCCACAAUUCCUCGCACCACUGCAGCCUGCUGAUACAAUUGUGCUCGAUCAGCAUCCUCUGCUACUGGACCAACAUCAGCUAUUUUCCCUCACUUUACCGCGAUUUCCCGCUUCUGCUGCUACUCAGUCGUUACCUCUCGCUGGUAUUCUGCCAUCAGAUGGCAGCUAUCAUCAGAAUGCUGCUCUAUUCCAGGCGGCACUCGGACUUGGUUCGGCUGCACACAAUGCGGCUGCACUUCAAGGAUGUUCGACGUUAUUUGUUGCGAAUUUGAGUCCUGGUGUGACGGAGGACGAGUUGCGAUCUGUAUUCAAGGCGUUCGCCGGCUUUACACGUCUACGAAUGCACACGAAAAACGGUUCUUCGGUAGCUUUCAUCGAGUACUCGUCAUUAGCGUCAGCAACAAGUGCGAUGAUGGCACUUCAGGGAUUCCAUUUAGGAUCAUCCGAACGUGGUGGCCUACGGAUUGAGUACGCCCGAAACAAAAUGGCCGACGUGAAUGGCUGA